AUGGAUUUCGCUAAGCGAUGCAAAGCAUCCUUAUCUUCUCCAAGAGGCACAGCAGCAACAGCAGCAGAAGCAGCAGCAGCAGUAGAUGUAGGAGCAGCAGCAGAUCUAGCAGCAACUUCAGAUCUAGCAGCAUCACCUACAUCCUAUUCAUUAGAAUCUCUAAUGACAGCAGCAGCACCAUCAACAGUUUCAGCAGCACCAUCAACAGUUUCAGCAGCACCAUCAACAGUUGCAGCAGCAGGAGAACCAGCAGCAGCAGGAGAACCAGCAGCAGCAGGAGAAGCAGCAGCAGCAGAAGAUGAGCAUAUCUACGAAACUAUACCGCCAGCAGUUGAAACUGCUGCUCCUUCUUUGCUGCAUUUGUCUGACGCAAGCAAAAUGCAAUUUAAAAGAAAAACAAAG